AUUCUUUAAGUAAAAAAGUACUAGAUUUUAGGUUAUGUUUGGCCAACAUCAAUUUCAUUCACCCAGUUCAUUUUCUUUGAAAAUAUUCAUUACUUUAUUUUAAGUUUUAAGGUUUCAAACGAAAAUGAAAGCCAAAGGAGAUUUGAAGGAGUACGAAGUUAUUGGUCGCAAAUUGCCGACCGAAAAGGAAAAAACAACACCACUUUACAAGAUGAGAAUAUUUGCUCCAGAUCGUAUUGUUGCUAAGUCUCGUUUUUGGUAUUUUCUGAGACAACUUAAAAAAUUCAAAAAGAGUACUGGAGAAAUUGUAUCAUUAAAAGAAGUCCCGGACAAGUCGCCAACAAAAAUUAAGAAUUUUGGAGUUUGGUUACGUUAUGAUUCCCGAUCUGGUACACACAACAUGUACCGCGAAUAUAGAGAUACAACUGUUGCUAGUGCAGUCACUAAAUGCUAUAGAGAUAUGGGAGCAAGACAUAGAGCCAGAGCCCAUUCUAUUCAGAUCAUUAAAGUGGAAGUAGUGAAGGCUAAGAACACCAGGAGACCACAUGUGAAACAAUUCCACGACAGUGACAUCCGUUUCCCACUGCCCCAUCGUGUUGAGGGUAAACGUCGUCGUUAUAACACAUUCUCUAUUCGCCGACCAACAACCAGUUUCCUUUAAAAUGGAUAUUUGAAUUUUCUAAAUAAAUUUUAAAGUUUAUUUUA